AUGGACGUGCGGAUCUACUACAAUCUACUCGAUGAUAUCGCUCUGGACCUGUGCUUUGAGGUGCAUGCCCAAAUCUCACUGUACGGAUGGAGUCUCGAGGAGAUUUACGACGUGGAGCCCAUUGAACGACAAAUUGACACGACUGUCGUAGAGCAGGACAGUGUGUUUGUGAGCUGUCUCCAGUGCAAACGACAGGUACAUGCGUCAAGGUAUACAAACCAUUUGGAGAAAUGCUUGACAGGCUCGCGACGGAUGAUAACACCAAAACAGCGACAAGACGCAGCUCGGGAGACAGAGCGAAAACAGUUGCAGAUACUGAGCAAACCUCAGCUGUAUAGGGCCGGUGCCCCGUAA